CACUGGGAGAAAAAACAUCUCAUCCAAAUACAAGGACAUUAUAUGCAGAAGUAUUAAAAUUCAUCCAAGAUCUCCUGCUGUUUACCAGUUCAGACCAAAGAAACAAGAGUUUGGAACUCUAACAAGAAUGACUGUUGGUGAAAAAAACCCAAACAAAACAAAUAAAACCAUUUUACUUGUGGGUGAAACAGGAGCAGGAAAAUCUACUCUGAUCAAUGCUCUGUUCAACUACAGCAUGGGAGUGAAGUGGGAGGAUGAAGUCUGGUUUCAGAUUGUAGAGGAGGAGGAGAAUAAUCACGCAGGCAGUCAGACAUUAGAUGUGAUCGUGUACGAAAUCUUUGGUUUUGAAGAUAAAACUCUGCCCUACUCUCUGACCGUCAUCGAUACUCCUGGAUAUGGAGACACCAGAGGGACGGAGCAUGAUGACAUUAUCUACCAAAGAUUAUUGGACCUGUUUCAAUCAGAGGAUGGAGUUCAUGAAGUUAAUGUAGUGGGUCUGGUGAUGAAGGCGACAGAUAAUAGACCGAGUGACCGAUUGAUGUACGUCUUUGAUGCAAUGAUGUCUCUGUUUGGAAAAGACGUAGAGAAAAAUAUCAUAACUCUCAUCACAAAUUCAAAUGGAAUUGCACCUAAAAAUGCUUUUAAAGCUCUUAAAGCUGCAAAAUUUAAAUGUGCCAGAAAUGAGAAGGAUCAGCCCAUUCACUUCCUGUUUGAUAACCAACAGAAGGAAGAUAGAACAGAGGAAGAUGAAGAUGUGUCUGUCUUUGAGUUCUCUUGGGGAGUAACAGAUAAAAGAAUGAGAGAGUUCUCAGACUUUCUAGAACGAUCUGCACCUCAAAAUGUAAAGAAAACACAGAAAGUAUUGACAGAACGAAUCAGACUGACAGCCUCCAUCCAAAACCUGAAAGAGAGAAUCGAACUGGCAGAACUAAAGCAGACAGAAAUCAGACAGAGUCAAGAAGCUCUGAAGAAAUAUAAAGAAAAGAUAAAGAAGAAUGAAAACUUCACUGUAGAAGUUGAUGAGCCCUACAAAGUUAAAGAAGAUAUUGAUGCUGGGAUGAGGGUUUGUUUUUACAAAGCAGCUACCUGCUGUACUGUCUGUAAGGAGAACUGUCACUAUCCUGGAUGCACAAUGGCCUGGUAUCCUGAACACUGUGAGGUCAUGAAAGAUGGCCACUGCACUGUUUGUACCAAUAAGUGUCCUGUAUCAGCUCAUGUGAAAGAAAAACGAAAAUAUGUGACCAAGACAAGGAAAGUUCAGAGGACUUUGGAAGAAAUGAAGAAAAAGUAUGAGAAGAAUAAAUCAGAAAGUGACCAGAAGUCAACUCUUUUGGAAGAUCUUAAUAAAGAAAUGAACCAACUGACAGCAGAGAAGUCACAGUUCCUGGAUGAGUCCUACCAACAUGUUGUCAGACUGGAGCAGAUCGCUCUGAAAGCUGAUUCAGCGUCCACAUUUGUCCACCUGGACUUCCUGAUUGAAAAGAUAGAUGAGAAAGGAGACACAGAGAAGGUCCAGAAACUGGAAGAGAUGCGAAGCAGAGUGGAUGAAGGAACCAGAGGAGCUCUGCAGUACAAGUUUGGAAAACAGUUUAAGAAAUAACCCCCCCCCCCCUCGAAUGAAGGAUGAUACUUUACUGUUUUGUUAUAACUGAAAGGUGGGAUUAAAUGUAAAUAU